CCCAAAACAACAAUUUUAAAAGAAGCACUGGAAAUCAUGCACCGAUUCUCUCAAACGGACUUCUUCUCGCGUUCCUCUCUGGUUUUGCAGUAUCGAUCUCAUCGCUCAUGACAAAGCUAGCGAUAAACUCAACUUUUCUCCAAAUAACUUUUCUACGGACGAUGCUGAUUGGCUGCUCCACCCUGCUGUUGGGAAUACUGGGCGGUCAUUGGUCAAAGUUUCGUGACGCAGUGCUCGAGUCACCAAUCAGAACAGUCGAGUGGCUUCUUGUUCGGUCUGUUUCAUCUUUCCUAGCCAUGAUAACCGCCUAUGCAGUUUAUCAGCGGAUACCUAUGGGUGACGCUUCAGCCAUUUUUGGAGUAACCCCCGUAUUCACUGGUUUGAUGGGCGUGGUCUUGCUAGGAGAGGCGUGGCAACGGAAACACGUGUACCUCGCCCUCCUUGCUUGGACUGGUGUAGCUCUCAUCUACAAGCCUAAGUUUCUAUCUCGCGUCAUUCCAUUCCAUGAUACGAGGAAUCCAAAAAUGGGAGUUCACUCUGAUGAAAGCUUUUACUUGGGCGUGGCGAUUAUUGUACCCGUGGCAGCCUCGCUAUCGUUCGUCCUCUCAAGGAAACUUUCUCAGACGAUACCCCCAACGUUGAUCAUCUGUAUCACGAGUAUUGGAAUCGCGAUUUAUUCGUGCGUUGCCAUGGUUAUCAUGGAAACAGUUCGACUUCCUCCCUUUGCUGACUGGAAGUAUCUCAUUCCAGAAGUUAUCGCCGGACUGACGUCACAAUCAUUAUUAGGCAAAGCCCUCCAGCUUGAGCGAGCAGCCCCGGUUACACUGAUGAGGAACUCGUCCAUCUUUUUCUCCUUCGUCUUCCAGUUCGUACUCUUUGGGACUGUGCCGAGCUGGGCCAGCAUCUUGGGUGCCUUCUUGGUCAUCGUUUCUACGGCUCUGCUUGGAGCUUUAAAAUGA